AUGAGAUUCCAGAGUGUGGAGGAGCUGGUGACAGACAAGAGAAGUGAGGGGAAGAAUCCAGGAGAGGCAGGUUUCUCAGAGAGCCAGUAUGAGACCUCCAUCAACCAGAAGCAGGACAACCGCAGGUCUCACAAAGACCACCUGACCGACACGGAGGUCCCCCUCACUCUGAAUGUGGACAAAGCUGGGCACCUGAGACUGGAGAACCCGGACAAUCUCCAGAACAUUCUCCAGCUGAGGAAGAAUAAGAAGGCGAGGAAAGCUCCAGUCCGCAAGACUCCUCCCUCUCCAGAGGCUGUGCCUUACUAUGUGGACGAGGAAGACUUCAUGAAGGCCUGUGAGGACAACAAAAUGCCUCUGAUCGAGAGAUACCUCACUAGAGGAGGGGACCCCAACGCCUGCGACAAUUUUGGACGCUCUGCACUGCACAAAGCCAGCUCCCACGGUCAUGUGGAGGUGGUGAGCAGACUGCUGCAGGCAGGGGUUGACAUCGAGAACAAGGACAAGCUGCAGGCCACAGCAGUCCACUGUGCCUGUCGGGGGGGCAGUCAGCCUGUGUUGGAACUGCUGCUCAACCAGAAUGCCAGCUUCUCUACCAGAGACAAGCUGCUGAGCACCCCUCUUCACGUUGCCGUGAGAACAGGUCACUACGAGUGUGCAGAGCACCUCAUCGACUGUGGAGCUGAGGUCAACGCCAAAGAUCGAGAUGGGGACACACCCAUGCAUGACGCCGUCAGGCUGAACAGGUUCAAGAUCCUCCAGCUCCUGGUGCUGCAUGGAGCCAACCUCCAACUGAAGAACUCUGUGGGCAAGUCCCCAAUGGACUGUGUCUUGGAGUGGCAGAAUGGUGCCAAGAACAUCCUGAGCAAAGUCAAAUAGAACCUGCAGGAGCUGAGGAGCAGGAGAUACAUGGAGAUAGAUGAGGACUUGAGAAAUGCCAGAUGUCAUGCGAUUGAUAUUGACGCUUCUGAGCUUACUGAUAUGCUACUCUGAUCACCUCAAGCGAACGAAACCAGCUAACUUGAAACUGAUGAUGGAGAUCCUAUGACAGCCAUCUUAAUGGAACUUGCAUCUCACAGCAGAUAUGGUUUACUAUGUUCCUAUGAACCAGCCAUUGUAAAAUAUAGUUUCCAUACUACGAGUGACAAUCAGAAUGUUUGAUCACAGAGGGGGAGGACAAAAAAGGAUGAUCAUAUGGAACGCUAACCCAGGAAUGUGUUAUGAAUCUGUCUGAUUAGGUACAUUACUAAAACUAGCUUUGUAGAAGAAUAACUGAAUUUUGAUUGCUUUCUGUUGUAAAAAGUUAAAACAUAU